CAGCGCAGUUCUGCCUUAUCUAGAAUAAACAUCUUGUUGUUUGUCAUUACCUACAAAUAGCUUUAUUAGAACAUUGUUCUGUGGUCACUUUAAAAUAAAUUCUUCAACAGAGUUAGCUUAUUUGUAUUGUAUUAGCAUUUCACUACUCUUUAUUUUAAACAAGUAAAAUGGCAGCUCCUGGAAUUAAGUUAACUUGGAAUGUUAAGAAGGAACAAAUAAAUGUUGAUGCAGAGGGACUGAUGAAGCGUAUGAAAGAAGUAUAUGAUGCAAUUGGAGCUCUGUCUAAUGAUGAUGCCAAUUAUGACAAUGUUGUUAAGCCUGCGGCAGAUAGUGAUUGCUGGUAUGCUGUUGAGAGAAACAACUUAGACUUCCUGCAGCAUGUGUCGCCAGAUAAAGAACUUAGGGAUGCCAGUGUGGAUGCUGACAAAAAGAUGUCUGAAUUUGAUGUAGAAUUAAGCAUGCAGCAAGAUGCUUUUGAAUCCUUUGUUGCAUUGGAGACAAAACCAGAUUUUAAAUCAUGGAAGCCUGAAGCUCAACGCUUUGUUGAACGUGUCAUCAAGACCGGAAAACGCAAUGGCUUACAUCUCCCAAAAGAAACACAAGAAAAAAUUAAAGCCAUCAAAAAACGAAUGAGUGACUUGUCCAUUGAUUUCAGCAAAAAUUUGAAUGAAGAAAACACUGUCCUCGAAUUUACAGAGAAAGAACUAGAUGGCUUGCCAGAAGAUUUUAUUAAAAGCCUAGAGAAGGGCAGUGAAGGGAAGUUGAAAGUAACGUUAAAAUAUCCACAUUACUUCCCGUGCAUGAAAAAAGCCAGAAACCCUGAGACCAGAAGAAUAAUGGAGACAGCUUUUAACUCUAGAUGUAUAAAAGAGAACACUCCUAUACUGGAAGAAUUAGUCAAGCUGAGGCAUGAGAAAUCUCAGUUGCUAGGAUACCCAACACACUCACACUUUGUUCUAGAUAUGCGCAUGGCUAAAACUCCAGAAACUGUGGCACAGUUUCUCGCAUCUCUUGCAGAGAAAUUGAAACCUCUGAAAAAUGAAGAAAUGGCUUUGUUUCUUGCUUAUAAAAAAGAAGAGUGUGAAAAAUACGGAUAUGAAUAUGAUGGUGAAAUCAAGAACUGGGACCUACGGUACUACAUGACAAUGGUGGAGGAAAAGAAAUAUGCUGUGGACCAGCAACAACUGAAAGAAUACUUCCCCAUGUCGGUGGUAACACAAGGACUUCUGGACAUUUACCAGGAAUUAUUGAGCUUGACUUUCACACAAAUACAGACAACUGAUGUUUGGCAUGAAGAUGUUACACUGUAUAGUGUACAUGAUAAAGUAUCCAAUGACCUUCUGGGUUAUUUUUACCUGGAUCUACAUCCCAGAGAAGGAAAGUAUGGACAUGCAGCCUGUUUUGGUUUACAGCCUGGGUGUGUUGGUCCAGAUGGUUCUCGUCAAGUAGCUGUAGCAGCAAUGGUGGCAAACUUCACAAAGCCCACAGCUGACCAGCCUUCUCUCUUGACUCAUGAUGAGGUAGAAACUUAUUUCCAUGAGUUUGGCCAUGUCAUGCAUCAAAUUUGUGCUCAGGCUGAGUUUGCUCUCUUCAGUGGUACUCAUGUUGAACGAGAUUUUGUUGAAGCGCCAUCCCAGAUGUUAGAAAAUUGGGUGUGGGAGAAGGAACCCUUAACCCGCAUGUCAGCACAUUACAAAGAUGGGUCACCAAUUCCAGAUGAUCUGCUUGAAAAGCUGACCCUCAGUAGGAAAGCCAAUGCUGGAGUGUUUAACUUAAGGCAGAUAACUCUUGGAACUUUUGACCAGAAAAUUCAUACCAGUCCCCAGGCUGAUACAGCUAAAGUCUACGCUGAAACCAGUGAGGAAUAUAUGGAAAUAAAAGCCACACCAGGCACUAACAUGGCAGCCACCUUUAGUCACCUUGCUGGAGGUUAUGAUGCCCAGUAUUAUGGUUACAUGUGGAGUGAAGUUUUCUGUAUGGACAUGUUUGUGUCAAGAUUCAAGAAGGAAGGCAUCAUGAGCUCCAAAGUUGGACAGGACUACAGGAAAUGUAUACUUUAUCCUGGCGGCUCUUUGGAUGCUGCAGACAUGUUAAAAAACUUUCUGGGACGCGAACCUAAUGAAGAUGCAUUUUUGGAAAGCAAAGGACUUAAGGCAUAAUUUCUCAUAUUUUAAAAUGAACUAAUUAUUUAUCAUUAAAUUUAUUUAUCUCCC